UAAUUUGUUGAUUCGGAUGAAUAUAGUUUUUCUUUUGAAAUCUUUAUCCAAAAUAAAAUGCUUCUCAAAAUUCGAUUAAAAGGGCAAAUAAAUGCCCAAUCAGAUAGCCGGUUAAUGUAUACAUCCUAUACAUCAUAAACGGCUCUGAACCCUGAAGCCAAACGAGAAGCGGGUAAAAAACUAUUUUCUCACACAUCCAAACGCGGAUCUCAAGCGUCGUUUAAAAUGAAAUUCCACAAACUUCUUGCUCCCAAUUCCCGCGCUUAUAAAUCUCAGGUCCUUUGUUAAUUCACUGCCAUUUCAAAUCAAAAUCUCUCUCUUUUUUUCUUUCGCACGUGAAAAAAAAAAACAGAAAUACUCUGCUGCAACGAAGAUGAUCGCUACUCUAAAAGCUGAAGAAGCGAGCCAGUUACAGCUGGUGGAGCGAGAAGAUAUCGACGACGAAGAGGAUUUGUUUGAAGCCAUCGACAAAUUGAUAUCUGCAGGAAUCAAUGCCGGAGACGUGAAGAAGCUUCAAGAUGCAGGGAUCUACACCUGUAAUGGCUUGAUGAUGCACACUAAGAAGCAAUUGACUGGAAUCAAAGGUUUAUCUGAAGCUAAGGUUGACAAGAUCUGUGAAGCAGCAGAGAAGAUAGUGAAUGUUGGUUAUAUCACUGGAAGUGAUGCUUUAAUAAGAAGAAAAUCUGUGAUUCGCAUAACAACUGGAAGCCAAGCCCUUGAUGAACUCUUAGGCGGUGGCAUAGAAACUCUGGCUAUCACAGAAGCUUUUGGAGAAUUCAGGUCGGGCAAAACACAGCUGGCACAUACUCUAUGCGUUUCUACACAGCUUCCUACAAACAUGCGAGGUGGGAAUGGGAAAGUGGCUUACAUUGAUACUGAAGGAACUUUUCGGCCUGAUCGAAUUAUACCCAUAGCCGAAAGAUUUGGGAUGGACCCAGGAGCUGUUCUUGACAAUAUCGUUUAUGCUCGUGCAUACACAUAUGAGCAUCAGUACAAUCUACUUCUUGGUUUGGCUGCAAAAAUGUCUGAAGAACCAUUCAGACUUCUGAUUGUGGAUUCUGUUAUUGCUCUAUUUCGAGUAGAUUUCACAGGGCGAGGAGAACUUGCAGAGCGCCAGCAAAAAUUGGCUCAGAUGCUCUCCCGAUUGACAAAAAUAGCUGAAGAAUUCAAUGUUGCAGUCUACAUGACCAACCAAGUUAUUGCCGACCCUAGUGGCGGAGUGUUUAUAUCAGAUCCAAAGAAACCUGCCGGAGGACACGUACUUGCUCAUGCGGCCACGAUAAGGUUGAUGUUCAGGAAAGGCAAAGGUGAACAACGCGUGUGCAAGGUGUUUGAUGCCCCAAACCUGCCUGAAACUGAAGCAGUCUUUCAGAUAACACCCGGGGGCAUUGCAGAUGCAAAGGACUGACUCGGAGGUGAGAAACCAAGAUUGGCAGCUACACCAGACCGGCCGAAGUAAUAUACCAACAUUUUCUAACCAUCGAACAACAUGUUUUGUUUAAUUGACAGCUUAUAGUCAUUCCUCUUAGCACGCAAGUUGCAGGUAAAGGAUUUGCCUUCCCUUUCUAUAAUCCAAGUCUUUUAUAUGGGUUGACAACGUAUAAGAAUAUCUAGCAACAUUUCCUUUA